GUGAAAAUUAAACAAGACAACCCUCUUCGAAAAUUACUUGGAAGUAUUUUAUUAUUCGACUUGCUAAAACCUCAAAAUAUUUUAAUUGGUGCAAAUCCAUCAAUAAGAUUUUAUCCAAUCCGAAGUCGUUUAUUCGGUGGCGACAAUCACAACGCAAGGAGAAACUAUGGCGGCCAACAAGCUCUGGAAGACGGCGCCCACCAAGGUGUUCAAGACCAUCAAGCCUAUUGUGCACUGGGGCUUCGUGCCUCUGGUCGUGUACAUCGCGCUCAAGCAGGAGCCUAACCUCACUCUAAUGCAGAUUAUCAACCCGUUCGCUGCCCCUGCUGAGCCUCCUCAGAUGUAGAAUGCUGGACGAGAAUGAUCGAGUGUAGUGAGGCGCCUCCAGGAUUGAAAUUCAGCCGCUAGAAACCGCGAGGAGCGACAGGAUGAGACUCUUGACCUGAUGGGGACAGUUAUCCCGGACAAUUCGUUGGAUAAUGUCGACGCGAUUCUCAGCAAAGAUGAAUAUAGGUCGGGUAGGGAACGGAUGUUGCUUAAAGCAGUCAUCGCCACCUUAUCUCUUUUUUGUUCUCUUAACUCUCAUGUUUCUCUUUUCUUCUCUGGU